AUCCGUAAAUAUUUGUAAUUGCUACACCUAACCCAACCCCUCCGUUUCCUCCGCCCCAACGUAUUCAAUCAAUCACCCAUAACAACAAAUUAUCAUUUAAUAAUUCCAUAAAUAAAAGGUCUCUUCUUUCUUUCUUCUGGUUUUCUUUUUCUCAAACAAACUUUUUUGUCUUUUAGGUUGGGUUUUGCUUUUAUAGUUUCCUUUCUUCAUAACAAAGUUUGAUACAAACAACAAAGAAUAAAGGGGUGUGUGUGAACAAGGAGGGUCCCACACACACCUUUGCAUUUUUCCUUUUCAAAUUCUCCUCCUAAAUUAUUUCAAAAUUAAUUCAUCAAAAAUUAAAUCUUUUACUUUUCUUCAAAUUUAAUUUGACUUUAUAAUCGCGUGCACUUCUUCAACUUUUUUUCUUUUCCCUCUUAACUCAUCUCUUUUUCUUUCUUUUUUCAUAUAAAAAUCAAUUUUUUUUUCUUUAUUCUUUUUCUUCAUUUGUCAAUGAUCUAAAAAAGUCUUUGCGUUCUUACUCGUUUUUGAAUUAUUCUUCCAACUUUCUCAAUUAGAUCACACACUUCACACGAGUCAAGAAAACAGAAUCAAACAAUUUCUAUUUUCAUUCUUUUUUUUGUUAUAAUUUUGGGUCUCUCGCUGUUUCUGCAAUUUCUUAACAGGAAGGAACUGUUAUUGUUGAAUAUAGUUUGAUUGAUUGAUUUAUAUGAACAUAUAGCUAUUUUUGAUUUAUGGGGUGGCUUAGUAAAAUUUUUAAAGGCUCUGACCAAAAGGUUUCAGAAGGACAUUACUAUAAAGACGAUUCGAGUUAUUACUUGCCGUCGACUUCAGGGGAUGUUUGGGCUGAGAACGAGAAUGAAGAUAUCGAUCGUGCUAUUGCAUUGUCUCUAGCAGAAGACACUCCUAAAGCAAAAAAAGUUAAAGACCACAAAUCACAGUUAGAAGAAGAUGAACAACUUGCCAGAGCUAUAGAAGAAAGCCUAAAUGUGGAGUCACCUCCCAAACAUGGAAAUGAUAUUAAUAUGUAUCAACCAAUUCAGUAUUUCCCGAUGGGGUACAGGAUAUGUGCUGGCUGCAAUGUUGAGAUUGGUUAUGGACGAUAUCUAAAUUGCUUGGGUGCAUUCUGGCAUCCUGAAUGCUUUCGCUGCCGUGCUUGCAACCUACCAAUCUCUGAUUAUGAGUUUUCCACAUCCGGAAAUUACCCUUACCAUAAAGCAUGCUAUAAGGAAAGCUACCAUCCGAAAUGUGAUGUCUGCAAGCACUUCAUUCCAACAAACCCUGCUGGUCUUAUUGAAUAUAGGGCACACCCAUUCUGGAACCAGCAUUAUUGCCCUUCACAUGAACAUGAUAAUACUCCUCGCUGUUGUAGCUGUGAGAGAAUGGAGCCACAAGGGACAGGAUAUAUUGCCCUUAAGGAUGGAAGGAAGCUCUGUUUAGAGUGUCUUGAUUCUUCUAUCAUGGAUACUAACGAAUGCCAGCCCCUUCAUGCUGAUAUACUAAAGUUCUACGAAAGCAUAAAUAUGAGACUGGAUCAGCAAGUUCCCCUACUGUUGGUGGAAAGACAAGCACUGAACGAAGCAAGGGAAGGAGAGAAAAAUGGCCACUAUCACAUGCCUGAGACCAGAGGACUCUGCCUCUCUGAGGAACUCAGCACUAUUUCAAGACGACCUAGACUUGGGACAGGAAGUAAAGCAAUGGGCAUGAGAACACAACCAUACAAAGUGACUGCUCGAUGUGAUGUUACAGCAAUUCUCAUUCUAUAUGGUCUUCCAAGAUUACUUACCGGAUCAAUUCUAGCACAUGAGAUGAUGCAUGCAUGGCUGCGGCUAUCAGGUUUUCGGACUCUUAGUCAAGACGUUGAAGAAGGUAUCUGUCAGGUUUUGGCUCACAUGUGGUUGGAGUCUGAGCUUUCUUCUUCAUCAGGAAGCAAUUUUGUAUCAGGCUCAUCCUCAUCUGCAUCAUAUACAUCUAAGAAAGGUAAAAGACCUCCUUUUGAGAAGAAGCUUGGGGAGUUCUUCAAGCACCAGAUUGAAUCAGACAUUUCCCCAGUUUAUGGUGAUGGAUUUAGGGCAGGUCAAAAAGCGGUUCGCAAGUAUGGCCUACAAAGAACCCUUCACCAUAUCAAGAUGACGGGGAGUUUCCCAUAUGAAGUAUAGAUAUCUCCCAUUUAUCUUAUUGUUUCUCAUUCUUUAUAUAGAUAAAGCCUAGCCUGUUGUUAUUAGAAACGGAGGCUAAGGUACUUUGGCAUUAGCUUUGACGCAAUGCUGAUUUUUUUGUACUUGUAAUUAAUUGAUACCUUUGCUCAUGUAUCGAUUACAUUCAUAUGAUUUUUUCAAUCUAUUUUAAUCACACGGGUUAUUAUUUGUUUUGCCA